AUGAAAACUGAGGAAUAUCCGAACAAAACACCUGUCCCUAUCUGCUUUUUGCUGUCUUCGCUCUCAUGUUGUAUUCCGUUCUAGUCUAUUCUUUAUCCAGUAGAGAGCGCUUUCCUCAAGCAUCCACUUCUGUUCUUUACAUCUUUAACGACAUCCUUCUCCAUUUUUCGCCCUUUCUAAAAGAGAACAACCACUUCAACAAGGAGGCCGGGGACUAUGGGCGAAGAGAGGCUGGUCGAAGAACUGGCCUGUUUCGAGCUCAAUUUGGCCACCACUUGGACGAAUAUCUCGAGAUCACCGGGUACAGACGACCUAGCUUCAAGUUCGCUCAACAAACAGCUUUAUAUGGAGAUGCCAAGAUCUAUGUUGCCUACAUGAACAAUGUGCAGAUGAGAUUUGGACAACACCUUCGCCGUGCCGUCAAUGUCUUGCUGGAUGUUCGCCACGGAAAGCAGAGAUGCGACGCGUACUAG